UGCGACAGAACCUAACCAAUGAAACAGCUGCUAACAUUCCGUCAGAUACAUUCCGUCAAAAAGAAAACACAACAAAAGCCAAAACCGAUUUUGAAAGGCAUUUUUUAAUUCUCCGAGUGAAAUAUGCCAACCGUUUUGAGAGCAAAGUGUGUUGUUGUCGGAGACUCAACAAGUGGUAAAAGUUCAUUAUGCCAGGUGUUUCACAGUGACAGUUCAUUCUUCCCAAAAAACUACACAAUGACAACAGGUGUUGAUAUGUUGGUAAAGCAGGUCAACAUACCAGAUACAAAAGAUGGUGUGGAACUGUAUAUGUAUGAUUCUGCAGGGAAAGAGCUUUUUGCCGAGCUUGUUCCAAAAUUUUGGGAACACACCUCUAUGGUCAUUGUGGUGUAUGAUGCUACAAGUGAAACGUCAUUUAACAGCUGUGAGAAAUGGUUACGUAGAGUACGUCAAGAAAACCCUGAUGUUCAGAUGCCAGGAGUUCUUAUAGCAAACAAAAUUGAUCUUGACCAAAGACGUGUCAUCAGUCCUAAAAUGGGGGCAGAUUUUGCAGCAUCUCAGGGUCUCAAAUACUUCGAGUGUUCUGCAAAAGAAAUGCAGGGGGUUGAUGCUCCAUUCUACUACCUGGCUAAUGAAUUCUAUGUGUUAUACCGGGAAAAAAUGGACUUGUUCAAAUCUUUAGGAAUGCAGUGAUUAAAUGUUUUUAUAGACAAUUCUUAUUAACUUGUACAUUCCGUCCACUCUAUUGUUGUCAUUUAUUUAUACAGCUAACUGAUCUGAAAUAAAAAAAGAUGAUAUAAAUAAACUA